CUCCCUCGGAGACCUUAGUUGCCAUCUUCGCCCUCACUGGGCUUAUUCCUUUAUUCCCUAUAUAUUAUUAUUAUUAUUAUUUUUUAAUUUUUAGAUUUAUUUUUUAUAUAUUUUAAUUUUUACUUUCUUCUUCUUCUUCUUCUUUGUCAGAGGCAGAGGACACUCUCUGUUCCUCUCGGAGUCGAUCUCAAACUCCAUAGCCAUCCCUUUCCUCCGACCAGAUGGCACAACAUUCUUCCUCUUCCCAAUCCGAUCCAUCCCUUUCUCGAAACUCUUCUCUCAGUCGUCUCAACGCUCAGGCUCCUGAGUUCGUUCCCACCCGUCCCUCGACUCGUUCCGAUCUACAACCACCGCAGUCCGCCCCUGGCCCUCCUCCUCCUCCUCCUCCGAAGCAAUCGCCUCGUAUUUUGAUCCCUUCUCCUCCUCCUCCGCCGGCCAUGAUGCAUGUUUAUCCUCCGCCCCCGGGAUCUCCUUUCCAUGUUCCCAUUCAGACCCCCGUCCCCGUCCCCACUCAUGUCGUUUCUAUUCAGAAUCAUCAUUAUCAUCCUCAUCAUCGUCACCACCAUCAUUCCCAUCACGUUCCUGUGCUUUAUCACCCUCAUAAUCCUCAGUAUUAUGCCGACAAUGGCGGAUUUCAUGACCCCGACACGGCGGUUGUGCAGCAACCUCAGAAGCCUCUGGUUGAGUCCGAUUAUGCUGCUCCAUCUAGGAGUAAACUCACCGAGGAAGUCUCUCAAAAGCUUUUGAAUCAGGUGGAAUAUUAUUUCAGUGAUUUAAACUUGGCAACUACUGAUCAUUUGAUGAGGUUUAUCAAUAAAGAUCCCGAUGGAUAUGUUCCUAUAUCGGUUGUGGCAUCAUUCAAGAAGAUUAAGGCUCUCAUUAAUAGUCACUCUCAGCUAGCCAAUAUUUUGCGGAACUCUUCUAAGCUUAUGGUUAGUGAAGAUGGAAAGAAAGUCAAACGUAAGCAACCACUUUCUGAGUCAGAUAUGGAGGAGCUGCAAUCUCGCAUAGUAAUUGCGGAGAACUUACCUGAGGAUCAUUGCCACCAAAACCUCAUGAAGAUAUUUUCUGCUGCUGGGAGUGUUAAGAAUAUUCGAACUUGUCAACCUCAAAUCUCAGAUAGUGGAGCUUCUUCAACAUCUAAAUCCGCAAAAGCUGAUGGAAUGCAUUACAGUAACAAGUUGCAUGCAUUCGUGGAGUAUGAAUCAGUGGAGCUGGCGGAGAAGGCUGUGGUAGAACUAAAUGAUGAAGGGAAUUGGAGAAAUGCACUUAGGCUUCGUUUGAUGCUUUCAAGCACGUCAAAAUCUGCUCCAGCUCGUGGGAAGAAGGGACAUAAUGGGGAGAUGAACUGCAAAGAUGAUGAUAUCUCUGAACAACCGCAUAUUGAGAAGCAUGUAGACGAUCUUUCUGAUCAAGUUGAUGUUCAUCCGCAUGAACAACGAGAAGAGCAGGGAAAUGAGAAGGAUGGCGGUGGGCAGAGAAGAGUCCGAAAUAGGGUACGCGGUAAAGGACGUGGUCGAUCACAAUACCACCAUAAUCACAAUAAUAACCAUAACCAUGGGAACCAUGUGGGAACUCCUCCUUCGAGUAGUUCUACCACCAUCGAGCAGGCAGGUACAAUGAAGCAGCAGCCUCCGGGGCCACGAAUGCCAGAUGGAACAAGAGGCUUUGCGAUGGGGCGGGGCAAGCCGGUGACUGUGAAUAUGGCAUGAAAACCAAGUUACUUGAGAAUGAAAAAUAGAUGGAGGGGAGUGUCUCUGUCUGUCUGUAUGAGUAGAAGAAAGAGUAUGGUGUGGAUGGAAGCUGUCUAAUUAAUAGGGCAAAAAGCAAAGGCAAAGGCAAAGCAAAACAAUGGUUCGUUGAUAGCAGGGUUUUUGUAGGGCUAUCAAAAACCAUUGUAAUUACAAAAUGAAUGGGUGCUUUGGUUCAAGAAGAGUAAGAGUUUUAGUUUUUAAUGUAUUUGGAUUAAAAAAAAAAAGGUGUCGUCCCCAUCCCCCGCUUUCUUAUCUCCUCUUUCGUUUAGGGAUUCAUUAAUUAAUGUGAAGAAGCAACGAUUAUUAUUUUAAAGUAAUAUGUGAAAACCAAUGGGGAAGUUGGCAACACUUCGCUAAUACGCAGUUGGUGACUCAACUUGCCUUGUAUAAUGCAAACCUGCUCAUUGAGUUUCUAA